CGGCUGUAGCGCUGAUUAUCCGGGGAUAUCGUACUACUGCUGUUUCUCCUCAGUCUAUCUUGCUCUCUCUUUUCAGCGGAUUGACACAACAGAGUAGAAAAUAAGAAAAGAUUAACGCACAAAGACAAAAAUGGCAGAGCUUGGAGCGGGGAGCCUGCUAUCGGGGGAUCCUGCUUUUAACUAUCAAGAGCAUGAACUAAACGAACGACUGAAGCGGCUGUACCCGGCCGUGAAUGAGGAAGAGACCCCCUUACCCCGAUCUUGGAGCCCCAAGGAUAAAUACAGCUACAUCGGUCUCUCACAGAACAAUCUGCGGGUGCAUUACAAAGGCCAUGGGAAGAACCAUAAGGAUGCUGCGUCUGUGCGUGCUACCCACCCCAUCCCUGCAGCCUGUGGCAUCUAUUACUUUGAGGUGAAGAUUGUCAGCAAGGGCAGAGAUGGGUACAUGGGAAUCGGCCUGUCUGCCCAGGGGGUCAACAUGAACAGGCUGCCUGGAUGGGACAAGCAUUCAUAUGGUUACCAUGGCGACGAUGGGCACUCCUUCUGCUCCUCAGGGACUGGCCAACCGUAUGGCCCAACCUUCACGACGGGCGACGUCAUUGGCUGCUGCGUCAAUCUCAUCAACAACACUUGUUUCUACACCAAGAACGGCCACAGUUUAGGUGUGGCUUUCACAGACCUUCCGCCAAACCUAUACCCCACAGUAGGCCUGCAGACUCCGGGUGAGAUUGUGGACGCAAACUUUGGCCAGCACCCUUUUGUUUUUGACAUCGAGGACUACAUGAGUGAAUGGAGAGCUAAGAUCCACGGCAUGAUCGCACGCUUCCCCAUCGGAGAGAGACUGGGAGAGUGGCAAGCUGUGCUGCAAAACAUGGUGUCCAGCUACCUGGUGCACCAUGGGUACUGUGCCACCGCCACAGCCUUCGCCCGUGCCACAGAGACAGUCAUUGCGGAGGACCAGACCUCCAUAAAAAACAGACAAAGAAUACAGAAGCUGGUUCUUGCAGGUCGUGUAGGAGAGGCUAUAGAAGCCACACAGCAACUGUAUCCUGGCCUGCUAGAACACAACCCCAAUUUACUCUUCAUGUUAAAGUGUCGGCAGUUUGUGGAGAUGGUGAACGGUACGGACAGCGAGGUACGGUGCUUUAGUGUGCGCUCUCCCAAAUCCCAGGACAGCUACCCCGGCUCCCCCUGCCCAAGCCCCCGACAUGGGGCCAUCAACCCCCAUCUGCACAGCACAGGAGCAGACAGCCCCACAUGCAGUAACGGGGUCACCCCUCCCAGCAAAAGCAAGAGCCACAGCAAAUACCCGGGCGUCAGCUCGGCCUCCUCCUCCUCCUCGUCCUCCCCCUCCUCGGUAAACUACUCCGAGACAAACUCCACUGACUCAACCAAGUCCCAGCCUCACAGUGCCACGAGCAACCAGGAGACCAGCGACAGUGAGAUGGAGAUCGAGGCAGAGCACUACAGCAACGGAGUGACUGAGAAUUCAUCUGCUCGGAUCAUGAACGGCACCUACAAACACCAGGAGAUCCUACAGGCUGAUGAAAACAGCCUGGGCAAUGGUGUGGCAGAUGAUAACUGCCCCUCCAGACAGCUGUGUGGGGGCAACCAGGCGGCCACAGAGAGAAUGAUCCAGUUUGGCCGCGAGCUGCAGACCCUCAGCGAGCAGCUGUGCCGGGAGUAUGGCAAGAACGCCACCCACAAAAAGAUGCUGCAGGAUGCCUUCAGUCUUCUUGCAUACUCAGACCCGUGGCACUGCCCUGUGGGUCAGCAGCUUGACCCCACACAGAGAGAGACCAUCUGCUCUUCACUCAACAGCGCCAUCCUGGAGUCGCAGAACCUCCCCAAGCAGCCUCCGCUGAUGCUGGCCCUGGGCCAGGCCACCGAGUGCGUGCAGCUCAUGGCCAGAGUCCGCUCCGGAUCCUGCUCAUUCGCCAGAGUGGACAACUUUUUGCACUAGCACCCCGUCGAGGCAAUGUUCAGGACCGCUAAGAAGAGGACCUUUCCAGUUGGUUGCCAUGGGGACAGCACGCGUUUUGAAUUGGUGUGUGGCUUGCCGUUUGCCAGAGGCAGGUGGGCAGAGGAAUGCGCAGAGCAGGAGAAGAGAGGCUUCUUUUUAAUUUAGUAUUAUCAAAUACAAAACAAAUGUGUGACACUAUUUAAAGAUAAUUAUUAUUCUGUUUAUCUAGUCAUUUUUUAGUUUAUAUUUUGUCAGUUGGUUGUGCUCACCUUGGAAACCAAUCUAAUUCCGUUUUUCUUUUCUUUUUUCUUCUUUUUUUUAAGGGGUGGAUUCCCCACAUAGUAUUUUUAAAUGUAUUCCAUAUCAAGGAUCUCCAUAGCAACAUUGUGACGACUAAGUGAUAUAGUCCGGUUUCUCUCACUCAGGACUCAGGUAUUCAGACUCAUUACGGCAUUGGGGUAUUGCACAGAGGUUUAUCUAGCAGUAAGAAAAAAGACUCUCAGCAAGUCCAUGCUUAAGUGAUUUGAAGAACAAGAGAAAUUAUUUGCAAGUCCUCAGUAGCCUAAUGGGCAUUUAGUGGGGUAGCCCAAACUAGUGAGGGGUGCUAUUCAUAAACUGAUAUGAGUGAGUGAGUGAGUGAGAGAGUGAGUGCGAGAGAGAGCGAGAGAGAGAGAGCAAGGGUAAGAUUAUGCACUGCUCCCCCUUUCCUCUUAAGGAAGCAUUUUAGGCACCAACUAUUACAAGCCACUGUCAGAAGGUGGCGCCAACAACUUAAGUGUGAAUCAGAUUUACGUGAAGGAUAUUUUUUAUUUCAGGGGGUGAUGACCUCAGAAUUAUAGAUAGCUUGUCUUUGAUUUAUGAAAAUGGGAGGUCAUCAUUAUACGCUGAAGUACAGAGAUUAAUCUAAAAUCAAUUAUUUCAGGCUAUGUGGAAAACCCUAGUGGUGUUUGUGUGCUAAUAUUAAAAGAUUGAAAAAGAUUACCAGGCUAAUAGUUGGCUCACUCUUUUGACAUAAUGACUAUUAUGGUAGUGCACUGACCUGUUAUGAACAACUCAACCAUGAUAGCCCUACUUAUAGCUUCUUCGGAGAUGAUAAGGCCAUGGCAGUACUGACAGAGCUGUAAUGGAGGUAGAGCCUUGUGGUAGGAGUCACCCAAUGAUGAAAUGUCCCUUGUGAUUGGACAAUGGUGCUCUUUGCAGAAAGCUCAUUCUGCAUUCCUAUCAGUUUUUGACAUUUUGUGGGUUAUUAAGACUUUCAGUAUUCAAAUGUUUGGAUUGUUUGAGUUACCUCCCUGGAUUCAACUACAUCCACACAAGUAAGGCUCUGUGUAAAUGCAAUUCAUCAAGAAAUAAAUCAUAAAUUCAUAUCUAUGCUGACAUGCCAAGCUUUUCCCCAGAUAGCAGAUGUCACCAACAGAUCUGGCUCUGAUCCGGCACACACCGGAUCAGUUCCGGCUCUGUUUCGACACGCACCAGUCCCGGUCUGGCUAUUCCCCGGGUUUCAGAUCAGAGCCGGAGCUACACUAGUCAGCUGUUAUCCGGGUUUACUUCCCCCCACUCCCUUGGGCCUUUAUGAGCUCUAUUACUACCAUGGCAAUGUAAACACUGACUCGGUCACGCUGGGAUACGUGGCUACAACCUCAUCCAUUGUUAGCUUUCAUGAUGUAUGCAGCAUCCACUGUUUUUUUUUUCUUUUUUUUUUUUUUUCUCUCUCUCUCUCUCUCUGUCUCGCUCUUUCUCGUUCCCUCUUCUUAUUAACUGACUGUCUUUUUGCACACAGAACAGAAAAGAAAAUCUUAAUCGAUGUAUUAACCCAGUAUUUCACCCAGCCAGCAGGAGGUGCUCCACUGUGUUGAAUGUAGCUUAGCUGGUCAUUUCUGUUCUAUUAGUUCCUGUUCUUGUUUUAUUUCAAGUUCGCUGCUGGCCUCCUUGAGAUUGUUUGUUUGUUUGUUACACCACACACCGACAUAGACACACAGACAUGUACACACCUGCUCCGACAUAGCAUUGAUGUUACACCUAUAUUUCAGUUAUACCUCACGUUUGUUGGCAACCAUGUAUUGCUUGUUUGUACCACAUAGAUCAUAAGAUUAGGGGAUUAUAAUACAGGGAGGUGGGAGCGGGCCUCAUCCACAGUACUAUGUGUUAGGUUUGGGUUCACACCUCUUAGGAUAAUGUGUCCUUCAGAUAGUUUUCAGAUACUUCUCUAGAGAGAGAAAUGAAAAGAGACCCUACAAACACUGCAUCUUAGAUCAUUCCCCAUAUCCACUUAAUACAUCGAAAUCAUUUAAUAACAGGAGCUGAAAGCCAAAAAAAAUACAUUUUGGUAUGUCUUCGAAAGGUAUACUCUCAAGUCUGCGAAUCCCCUUUCUCCUUUUGUGAUGAUGUCUGAUGUUCUGAGGCAUUUCUUUUCUUUUUUCUUCAUUUAAAAAAACAAAACAAAACAAAAUAACAUCCUCAGUAAUCCAUCGUUCAGUUAAGAUGACGUAUGAAUCAAGUUUAGCUCCAGUUAGAUGACUUGAUGGAAAUCAUUCGGUGGUGUCUUCCUAUUGCAUGGAGUAUCAUGUGUACCUGCUAACACAGCCAUACAUGUUUGAUAUUGAAACAUGAGAGAAAACAAGAGGCCAGCUACAGUGUAGGCAACAGGUCGACACCUCACUCACCUGUAAGUAGAGCGAUUUGUCUCGGGAUCGCUUUUUCAUGGCAAAUGUAUUUCACCCAAAAUGUAUAUUGCCAUCUUGGAAACAAAAAUCUGUAUUAGAAAUGUAAUAUUGACUUCAAGUGCAGAUAGGGACCUUUUGUGAGGAAAAAAGGAGAAUCUUUUCAGACCUUUCUUUGAACCAAUGUGUUAAUUUUUUCAUUUGUCUUCUGGAGCCUUGCUUGCCUCAGAGGACAAGAAGCAGGACACAUGGAAUUAAACUGAAUAAAACAAGCUGUGCACAAUUUACUUCUGUUAUGAUUUUAAAUUUAUUUUGAGUUUUCAGUUUAGCAAUUGUGAAAUGAGUUACCCUCUACUUAGCAUGAACCUUUUUAAAACCUUUAAAACAUCAUAAAAAAAAAGAAAAAUGAUUUAAAAAACAUACCUAUGUACUGGAAACAUGAUAAAGAAAUAUUGUACUCGUUUAAUUUUGACAGAAUUAUUUUUAUUAAAAUACACAUCCAUGAGCAUA